AUGUUUUUCACAAUGCUGACGUUUAUCUUAAACGCAUUUUAUUAUACGUUUUCGUUUUUUUAUUAUCUAAUGUCAUUUUGUCAUACAGUUCUGCCUUUUGGUUUGGACGUCGGUUUAGUCGGUUUUGCUGCGUAUUAUUUGACUAAAUUGAAGAAACCUGAGCCUCAGAAUGUGCUUAGUAUAUUUGGACCCGAUCCUUGGGGUAAGGAAAGUCAGCAGCACCCAGAAAAAGUGGUGCGUUGUAUCGCUCACAGAGGCGCUGCUUUGGACGCUCCAGAGAACACCAUGGAGGCCUUCAAGUAUUGCGUAGAACAUGACUGCAAUAUUAUAGAGCUGGACGUACGAGCGUCCAGGGAUGGCAAGCUCAUACUCCUGCAUGACGAGGGCUUGGAACGGCUGACUGGUACCGACAUAUCCAGUGUCCGGACUACUGACUGGGAUCGGAUCAAGGAUAUUGAUGUUGGGUCUACGCAUCCUAACAGGAAGCAAUUCAAAGACGUUCGCCUCUGCCUUCUAGACGACGCGCUAGAUUAUCUGUUGGCGAAUAACGUCAAAAUUAUAAUCGACGUUAAAGGCGAAGACAAGCAGGUGAUCGCUGGUAUCCUGAGUGCGUACGCGUCGCGGCCGGCGCUGUACCAACACGCCGCUGUUACGUGCUUCAAUCCAUUUGUACUUUAUCAGAUUCGUAGAAAUAAUCCGGACAUAGUGGGCGCCCUCAGCUACCGGCCUUAUUGCUUCAGCUCACAGGACUAUGACGCUGAGAAGGGACCUAACAAUCCUAGGUUUGGCGAUAACCUCGCGAUGCACGGGCUGCUCCGUGUCGCGGACUCAGUGCACGCGCUCGUGUGGCGGUGGGCGGCGCGGUGGUGCGCCGUCAGCGCCGUACUACUGCACAAGGACAUUGUUAGCGCGUACGUAUCUUAUAAUUAUACUACUAGUUUUUACCCGCGGCUUCGCUCGCGUCACAAAAGGAUAAAAAGUAGCCUAUGUGACAUAUAA